CAACACCACGCCUGCAUCGCAAGCUGCCUUCACAGAUCACCAGAGACUCCGCCAGAAUAGGAACGGGUAGCCUGGUGUGCCUCACAGUCGCCCUGGCAGCGUCAAUCUAGGGAAUCCGUGUCGUGCAAAACGUGAUGAAUGUGGUAGCCUGAGGCUCAACGAUGCUCUCUUCUGUUUACCAUCGAGUCAUUUCAUGUUCCGUACUCUGUCUUUUGCUUUCACCUCAUGUCGCUCAAUCCACUUGGGUAAUCUGCUGUCGCAAGCACCUGGAUUCACCUCAGCUUGGCCCACUGAACUACUUUGCCUUAAGUCAACACCCAAUGGCCGGCCCUCUUUCCCUUCAUUUCUGCAGCAUUCUCACUACAACUGCAACCUCACCUUGUUGAAUUCACACCUCGCGAUCUUUCUUUCUCCGUCCAUCGGCCUAACUAAGCCACGCCACUCUACAAAUGCAACGCCACAUGCCUUGAGCACCAGAGAAUACGGUACUCAACUCUAGAAUUACAGCUCUGCACGAAGCAGUUAGUAGCAUAAUCUCUGCUCAAAACAAGAUCUAUUGGCAUGAUGAAUAAG